CAUUGCAUGUUAUGUCUAUUCUAUAUCUCGUCUGUGGCGCAAGUUUGAUUUUAUGAGUCCUCUGUAUUCUCUAUUUGAAAAUAAACUCAUUCAAUUUUUCUUAAUUCUCAUUUUAUAUGUGUGUAGUGUAUAAAAUAUUAUAUAUGUAUAUAUAAUAUAAAAUGGCUAAACAUCAUCCAGAUUUGAUCUUCUGUAGGAAACAACCUGGUGUUGCGAUUGGAAGAUUAUGUGAAAAAUGUGAUGGAAAAUGCGUGAUAUGUGAUUCUUAUGUAAGACCAUGUACUCUUGUUAGAAUUUGUGAUGAAUGUAAUUACGGAUCUUAUCAAGGACGAUGUGUUAUCUGUGGUGGACCUGGUGUUUCUGAUGCUUAUUAUUGCAAAGAGUGUACAAUUCAAGAAAAAGAUAGAGACGGUUGUCCAAAAAUUGUAAAUCUUGGAAGUUCAAAGACAGACCUAUUUUAUGAAAGAAAGAAAUACGGAUUCAAAAGAAGAUAAAAACCGGGGCGUGCCAAUCCGAGAGUGCAAAGGUUGCACCGCACCCGAACGGCGAAAAAUCAAAUAUCUAAUAUUUAUUUUAUGGAGCGUUAUUGAAAGAUCACAAUGAUGUUUUCCAAUUUUAUAAGGAGAAGUCAAUAAAAUGUUGCACCUAGAUAGCAAAUACUUUUGGCACGCCCCUGUUUGUCACAAUGAAAAAAUAAAAACGACUUAAAAAUAUUCUUACCUGCUACUAAUUUAGUGUCAUAUUUAUCCAUAUUACCAACAAAAUAAAUGUCAGGAAAUUCUGUCAUAACAAAUGGAUCAAUCUGAGAAUAUGGAUAAGCAGGUACAGUAUCUGGAGCAG